UCCUCUGACGGAGCUGAAAAAAGCCAUUUUCUGGCGCUGCUGCAAAUUCUGUCCAAGUCCAGAUAAUUUACCUGGAUCCUCGGUGGGAGAGAGGGAAACUUUUAUGUCUGAUCAGAUCUGUCCAGAUGGAUAAAAUGCAGCCCAACCGGAUUAAAAUCACAGAUCUGAAUCCACACCUCACAUGUCCACUGUGUGCGGGUUACUUAAUUGAUGCUACGACCAUCGUAGAGUGCCUGCACUCCUUUUGUAAAACAUGCAUCGUUGCCUUCCUGGAGACAAAUAAGUUCUGUCCACGAUGUGACGUCCAGGUUCACAAGACGUGUCCACAGCUCAGUAUCAGAGCGGACAAAACUCUACAAGAUAUUGUUUAUAAGCUUGUUCCAGGGUUAUUCAAAGAUGAGAUGAAACGGAGGCGGGAUUUCUAUGCAGAGAAUCGUGUACUGGAACCAGGGGAAGUGGUGGAGACGUUUAAUAUAGCGGAGGAUGAAAUCAUCAGUCUGUCCAUACAGUUCUACGAGAGGAACAAAAACAAUGAGAGGCAGCGUUCGGAGAUGGAAGGAGACAAGUCCAAUGGUAAACGCUUCCUGCAGUGCCCAGCAGCCAUGUCCGUCAUGCACUUAGCAAAGUUUCUACGGAGCAAGAUGGAUAUUCCAAACAACUAUCGGGUGGAGGUGCUGUAUGGGGAUGAGCCCUUGAAGGACUACUACACACUAAUGGAUAUCGCCUACUUCUACGAGUGGAGACGGACUGGACCCAUCCCCCUGCAAUAUCUGGUCAAACCCACCCGGAAGCGCAGGAGGCCGUCCCAGUCUGCCGCUCAGGGCCACUCUGACGGCGUCAACACCAGCCCGACAUCAGAGAGCGACUCCCAGAGCGACAAAGUCCACAGUCCUGCUGCAGCCCAGCCACCCCGAGCCUCCACGCAGUCUAGCCCUGCCUCCCACAACCCCUCUCCCGCCAUCCAAAGCUCCAACGGUACCACUGUGCCCAACAACACUCAGCGACACACUCUCGCCUCCAAACAGGGCACCAGCGCUCGCAAGGUGACUGUCAACGGCACGAGCUCUGGGGCCGGCAAAGAGGAGGCGAGGGGAGGCGACAAAAGCGGUUUGCCCCCGGCGACCUAACGUGUGUACGGGGGCGACAGGGAGGACAGUGUUUGAAUUGCUCCCUUCUUUCUUUCUUCAGAGGAAAGAAGCUUGAGUUUUCCUUCUGGACACGUGUGAGCCAGAUUACUGUUAUCACCUUUCAAGAGGAAAGACUGAGAAGUGCAGCCAAAUAGACACUUGUAUGUAUGUGCGUGUGUGUGUUUAUGUGUGUUAGACUAGAACAGUGCACACAUACAAACUGUACAGUAUGUAUCAAAUGUGAGCAUGUGUGCAUACAUAUGUAUAAACUUAUCUUUUAUACAAGAUAUUGUAAUCGUUUUGUAUUGUAUAUGCAGUGGGUCUGUUUCAUUUCCAUAGUUCUUUCAACUUUGAUUUGGCUUCCAUAAAACAUGAGACAAACACAGUGCACGUCACUGCAGAAGUUGGAUGUAAGAAAAAAAACCCAACAAAAAACAAACUAAUCCUUGCCUUUGAACAGUCAUGUUAAUAACUGCUGUAUAAAUGUCCAGUGAAAGCAACUGCUCAUCAGGUAACACACCUACAUUACAUGAAACUGUUGAUGCACUUUGUUGAGGUCAGAUCACACAACCCAAACCAGUGAGUGUUUUCCAUCAGGAGAAGCAUUUAUAUUUACAGAAUUCCAAGCACUACCUUGGCUUGUAAGCAGAUGUUUGUCUGGAGACCAUGUUCCUUCUCUCGUGGCAGUCGAAGAACUCAAAAGGGAUUUGAAUAUUUGGCCAUGUAUGUCGUAGCUCCAUCAUUUUCAACAUUCCUUUUGUUCCUUUUCAACAAACAAUGAUACUUUUUCUAUCAGCCAUAUGUGCAUGUUUUAGGUCAAUAAAAUGUUUACUUACUAGGUU